GCUCCCCCCAGUUUCCUGUUGACGUCAUCCGCUGUUUCACCGCUGCAGUUUUUACAACCGCUGAGCUUUCGAGCGUAAUCCGAGCUGAGACCGGCCAACCUCGGCAGCCGCCCGGCAGCGCGGCACCACCUUCGGCGUCUCCCCCCGCUUGCCCCGUGCCCGGGCUCGUGAGCCCUCGGCCGCGGGGGCCGCGCGCGGUGCUCGGCGAGGAGGGGAGCCCCGGGGAGCCCGGCCAUGCCUGCUCGCCGUAAAUAAGCAGCGGGAUUUGCAAGGCGCUCCGUGGCUGGAGUCUGCGGACUUUCUUCUCCUCCCGCCUCCUGCCCCCGCCGGUCCCUCUCCUCGGCCAGACGUGCCGUUUCUGUUCUCCAUUUCUGGGAAGCCAUGGACAAGAAGCAAGAUUCCAAGGGAUCCUUGGAGCCGCACAAACCAGUAAAGAGCAGGAGGAAACAGGAUUUGAGGAUAGCACGUUUCACCAUCAAGCAGCCUGUUGCCAACACAACACCCCCGAGGAACUUGGACUCCAGAACUUUCAUUACCAUUGGAGAUAAAAACUUCGAGGUGGAGGCUGAUGACUUGGUGACUAUUUCAGAGCUGGGCCGUGGGGCCUAUGGCGUGGUGGAGAAGGUCCGGCAUGCUCAGAGCGGCACCACCAUGGCUGUGAAGAGGAUUCGAGCGACUGUGAACACUCAGGAGCAGAAGAGGUUACUGAUGGACUUGGACAUCUCCAUGAGGACAGUUGACUGCUUCUACACUGUCACCUUCUACGGAGCCCUCUUCCGAGAGGGCGAUGUGUGGAUCUGUAUGGAGCUCAUGGACACCUCCCUAGAUAAAUUCUACAAGAAGGUGCUAGAGAAGAAGAAAACCAUCCCUGAAGACAUCUUGGGGAAAAUGGCUGUGUCUAUUGUACGAGCGCUGGAGCAUCUGCACAGUAAACUGUCUGUGAUCCAUAGAGAUGUGAAACCUUCCAAUGUGCUCAUCAACAAGGAGGGGCAUGUGAAAAUGUGUGACUUUGGAAUCAGCGGCUACUUGGUGGACUCCGUGGCAAAGACCACGGAUGCUGGCUGCAAACCGUACAUGGCUCCGGAGAGGAUAAACCCUGAGCUGAACCAGAAGGGCUACAACGUGAAGUCGGACGUCUGGAGUCUCGGGAUCACGAUGAUCGAACUGGCCAUUCUCCGCUUCCCGUACGAGUCCUGGGGGACCCCCUUCCAGCAGCUCAAGCAAGUGGUGGAGGAGCCCUCGCCCCAGCUGCCUGCUGAUCGCUUCUCCAAGGAGUUUGUGGACUUCACGGCACAGUGCCUAAGGAAGAACCCCGCUGAGCGAAUGAACUAUUUAGAACUAAUGCAACAUCCUUUCUUUACCUUGCACGACACCAAAGAGACUGACAUGGCCUCCUUCGUGACAGAGAUCCUCGGGGAAGACUCUUAACUCUCGGACCUCGCGGCUGCGUACGGUCCCCUCCAUCCAGCACCCCGACUUCCCCGCAGAAGAGCGAAUGAGGACACGUGUUGAAGGUGGUUUGCACAAAUCGCAUUUCCCCAACCCGUUGGCACCUCCGGGUCUGUCCAGCCUUGCAGUUUCUUUUCUCUUUGCCCCAAACGAAAUCCCCCAGGACGAGCCUUUUGAAGCUGACACGUACCCGGCUGAGCCGCGGAGACCGAAGGCUCCGGAGUUCCCGGCCGGUGCCAGGCGUGUGCCGUGGGCGGCUGGGGAGAGGCCUGUGCCCGCGGCACCUGAGCCGAGGCCGGGAGGCUGGGCCCGGGCGAAGGGCGCGAAAGGGCCUCUCCCUUCCACACAGGGAAUUUCUGUGUUUUUUCCCCUUUGCUGCCUGGGGAAGGCCGAGGGAGCAAUUCUUCCUGCGCCUUCCUACUGCCUUCCCCUUCUCUUCUCCCCUGCCUCCAAAAGCCUUGUCCCACAGAGUUUGGUCUCCUUUUUCUUUCCUUUGUGCCCAGCUCUCUGCUUUGGGGCUGCCUGGGCACAGCUUCACGCCUGGCACAACUCCUUGCGACUCCCUCCCCUCUCAUUGAGUCAAUGCACCGGUCACUUGGAGGAAAAAAAAAAGCAGCAUUUUAAAAUGAGCCCGGCUCGCUGCAAGCUUCACCCCUCGCUCCCCGGCGCUUGCCCACAGCACCUCAUCCAAGGCACGGAGCCCCUCGGGCGCGCGGCGGCGAGGAGGGAAGCGAGGCCCCGGGCGCUGCCUCUCCACCACCCCCAGCCCGGGCCGGAGGGCUGCGUCUGCGCUGCAGCCCCCUCCUCACCCCGCUGCCGGGCCGGAGAGGAGCUUGCUCCGUCUCCCUUCCCACCGGGAGCUCCCGUAAGACCUUGCACUGUGCCCCAUGCCCGUUCGGAGGCCGCGGUGGUACCGGGGGCCUCCCAAGCUGCCGCCGAGCUCCUCGGCCGCCCGCCGAGGGUCAGCCGACAUCCCCAACCCAGCGACUUGCACAGGGGCUACUGCCAGUUGUACAUUUUACAUCUAUAUAUAAUGGACUGUGUAACAUGUUUCCUAGUUUUAAUCGAAUUUGCUAUAAAUUAAAGCCCUUCUGUGUGGGAGGAGGGAGGAGCGGUUCCUUCUCCGCUAGCAAAUCCACUGUGAAAACCUGAUGUGUUUCCCCACUCUCCCAGCCCGAGCACUCGACACGGAGUCGCGGGUGCAAAAGGGAUUUCUGUCUUCUACUGUAUAUGAUCACAGGAUAAACGCACCGGCUGUGGAUUUUGGGGUUUUUUAUAUUAAUGGAUUGAGUUUUCAGAGGGAUUUUGUUCUUUUCUAAUAUAUAUUUGUGUGUGUGUAUGUGUGUGCGCAUAUAUAUAUUAUAUAUAUUUUUAAUUCAGUGAUGAAUGUGUGAAUGUAUAUGUGGCCAGCAAAUUUGGUGGAAUGGCUAGCAAUUUUUUGGCUAAAUUUGGGGAGGUGGGGAAGGGGUCACUAGAAGAUACCCUGGCCUAAGACUUUUUUUUUCAAGGAAGUACAUCUAUUUUUUAACUGAAUCUUUAAAAAAAAACCCCAAAAACAUUUUUUCCUGAAAUUCAUGCCCUGGAGGUCUGGAUUUCAGGGCGCAUUUCCAGCGUUCAGGGUACUCGACCCAACGAGGAGCAAAGUCCCCCUAGAUUCGUGGCCCCCUGCUCUUGCAGUCCCCGGUAUGAAGCCGAGCUGAGGACCUGUCUGCAGGCGAUCGAGGCUACAACUGCUGUUUUCUGCAACCCAUUCCUGCAAGCUGCUCCCAGGGGAAGCUUGUUCAGGACAAGACGUUUCCAGUCCUUAAUGUCACCCGUGCUGGGGAAUCACGCAGCAGAGCGUUUUCCCUGGUAACCGGUCGGAUCCGUUUCCCCGUGCAGAGAAGCCCCGAGAAAAACAGCACAGGCUGGGAUAGCCAAACCCUGCUCAGCCCCGGGUUGCCCUUCUCCCACCACCCCUUAAUGUCAAGUGAGAACGUGAUCAAUGUUCUCGACAUCUCCCUCCUUGGUCCCACUGCAAACCACCCGACGCUCUCCAAGACCCCGCGCGCCAUUACCAGGCUUGGGAUGACAGCUUUGCAGCCGAGAUGUACACUUGUAUUUUUUAUCCUAGCUGGUUACUUUGGAUUGUUUUUGUUUUCACGUGGAGCUUUUGUUUUUCCCCAGCUCCUUGUUGUGACCCCCACUCCCCUCUCCCUUAUCUCACCCCCCCCCUUUUUUUUGGUGUUUUUGGGAAUGGUGAUUUUUUUGCUUUUUUUUUUUUUUUUUUUUUUUUGGCUGCAUUUCACCUCCUGGCUCCUGUGUUUUAGGGAAAGGGAGCAUCUCCCCUUUUGAUUACUGGGAGAUGCAGCUGGGGUGGGCUUGGGACCUGGUCAACGAAGCAAAGCUCAGCUGUUGGGUUAGGCUCUUCAGAGCAUCGCCAGCUUGAUGCAGCUUCGUUCGGCCUGGGUCUUACCUGCCCUCCUUCCCAUCUGACGCUUUCUCAUCCCGGUUCAGUUUGGUUGCUCUCCUUCCACAAAUUUCCGGGGGGGAACUGAAGAGCUGGUAGGAACCAGGUUGGCUUUAAGGUGGAAGAGGAUUUCAAGGUGGAUAGGAAGCCCCUCUGGCUUGUAUUUUUGAGAACGGUCUGUACCCAUUAUACCCUGUCAUUGUUUUCAAUAAAAUUAGCCCUCAAAUGA